GGCAUUUAGCAAACUGACCGAUCGGCGCGUUUGCAGUGAGCAUCCGAGAAAAAAGAAGGGGAGGGGGCGUAAAAGAUAAUUUCAUAUUAAUUAUAUGUUGGGAACCAGUAAUCUCAGUUGGUUGGCAGAGCAGCAAAUGAAAGCGAUGCGAGUUGAGAAGUUGCGCAGCGAGGUGGUCACGAUCGUGACAUGAACUGGUGAUGUUUUGAAGUAUGUAUUUUUAAAAGGUCUCCCUGCUGCGUAUCCAUCCUUGCCGCGGCGAUGCGGGUAACUCGUUCUGGAUCGGCAGCGGUUGUGUUCCCGGCGUUUUGCAACCAACGCAUUGAGUGAGCGGGAGACCUCCAGUCAGCAGUAAGAGACGGCUCGCAGGCUGGUUCCCACCCGGUAGUUUUGAUUUGAACGAAUUACUUGCAGACAGGUACCAGCCUGUGCACGGCGAUGGCUCUUUAUUAUGAUGAAGAUGACGAGAGGGAGUUCUAUGAAUUUGAGCCGCUGCCUACGCUUUUGGAAGAUGAGGAAAAUGUGUCCCUUGCUGAUAUUCUGUCAUUGCGAGAUAGCUGCCUCACUGAGCAGGAUAUCUGGGCAGCCUGCCUAGAAUGUUGUCUUUCAAUGAAGAGCAUCGCCCACACUCCGCUCUUUCAUACACUCUGCAUCACCCCAGAUACGCUGGCUUUCAACGCUAAUGGAAAUGUCUGUUUCAUGGAGCAGCUGAGUGAUGACCCAGAAGGUGCAUUUGUUCCCCCUGAAUUUGAUGUUACAGGCAACACUUUUGAGGCUCAUGCCUAUUCAUUGGGAGCUACACUUGCUGCUGCUGCUGAGUUUGUGAUUGAGCCAGAAUUAAAACCAAAUCUCAGCCAAGAAUUAAAAAGCCUUCUUGAGCAAAUGCAGCAGGAGAAACCUGAAGACAGGCCAGAUAUUGAGAGUAUUCUCAGCAAAUGUGAGGAAAAACUGAAAUGUUUAUCAUCAGAUAUUAUUUGCCGUAAUCUCUCUGCCAUAGGCCGGAGAGUACUUUCAAUUGAAUCUGUUGGUGCUUUUCAAGAUGGAAGUGAAGAAAACUGCAAAGAGAAAAAGCGGCAGGCUGGCGUGGGCCAUGAACUGCAAACCAGUGAACGGAAUCCAGCGGAUGGGUCAUCCAGUACCGAAGACCUGACGUGUGACUUAAGCAUGCUUAAUAGUGGAACCAUUGAGCUUGUCUGCCAGGUUGAGAAGUGUGCUCGGGAUGCCGAUCCAGAUUCAGCUCCUGAGAUUCAGGAAGUUCAACAGCAAGGCUUGGAAGAUACAAAUACAGUGGAAAAUUGUGUGAGAAAAGAGGAGGUGCUGUCUGCGGAUCUUGCCAAUACAGUUGCUGAUAGGAAAACCAAAGGAGAGAAGGCUGACAAGAUUUUAUCUCUUCCUCCAAAACGAUCAUCAGCUCGGAAGAGAAUAUUGCCAAAAUUGCCAACAGAGCUGGUGGACAACACCCAGCAACAACUUCGUUCUAAGAUGAGUCACGGUAGAUCGUUCUCAUCCAUUCCUUCUCCAGUUUCACUUUCUAAUAUUUCUACAGAAUCUUUGUAUUCUUUAGACAUAUUGAGCAUUAAAGACUAUCCUCAGAAAAUGCAGUUUAGGACUCAGAAUAGUGACAUUUCAUUUAUUGCAAAGAAUAGUAUCCCAUUUGAAAGGCUCAAUGUCCUCAAUUCAUGUGAGCAUAUCUACAAGGUCUCCAGUGUAGAGGCAAUAAAUAAGAAUCUGUCCAACAGUCAUAACUCCACAUUCGAUGAGAGUGCAGAACAAGUACUAAGAUACUCUUCCACUUUAGGGAAAAAGUCUUCCAUUAAAAAGUUGAAAGCUAAAGUUUCAACAGUAUCGGUUCCUUCUCCAGGCGUAAGUAGCCAAAUGAGCCCUUUUGUCUCAAGUGGAAUUUUAUUAGAACCAAGUGCUACAGUGGGACACUACAGUAACUGUGCUCCAGAAACAGAAGGAAAUGAUUUGUUUUCCACAAUUAAUCAUAUUUCAGCAGCAGGAAGAACUGCUGGUAGUAAUCAGAGAAAUGAUUCCAAACAAAGUCGUUCCCCUGGUGUAAAUGAUUUAUCUCAAAGUCGUGGUCUGCAGUUUAGAAAUAUCACAAAACACUGUGAAGAUGAAGAUUGUGUGCCAUUGCCUCCCAUCAGACCGACGGAGAGAUAUCCUGCAGGAUUUCCUGGCGAUCGGCAGCACAUUUCCCUUGAGGACCUCCUCUCUGAAGAUAAUAAAUCUCUGAAGGAUUAUGAACUGUGGGCUCUCUGCCAUGAGUGUUUGAUCAGUCUGAAGCACUGCAAAGAUUAUCCAGAGUACCUAUGUCUGGAAUCUACGUACAUUAAUUCUAGUGGAGAAGUUCUAUUUGUAUUGUCAGUGAACAAUGGAAACCUGGAUUCAUUCUUUCUGGCACCUGAAUAUGCAAAGCAUGGAAUUAUUACAGAAAAGGUCUGUGUUUAUGGAGUCGCUGCCAUUUUGUGGGCAGCAGCGAAAUUCAAUGCUCCAGUGAAUCAAAAGUUACCUUUGUCCAAAAAUCUCAAGAAGUUGCUGCUGGAUAUGGCGAAGAGGAAUUCUGCAGAAAGGCCUUCAAUUGCAGAUGCACUCAAGAUUUGCAAUGAAUACCUUAUAAAUCGAGGAAUUGACAGCAGAGAGGUUUUAGUUUUGCUGAGGAAUUCUGUUCUGCAGAAAUUCCACAGGAAAGAAAUGGCUGUUACUGGACUCCAUUUCAAAAGGGAAAAUUUAGAGUAUUCUUAUUCUUCACUGGAAAAUGCAACAUUUGCCCAAGAGUCAUCCAGAUUAGGCUUUGUACCUCUUGCUAUUGACAGCAAGCUGACAGCUGUCAAGGGCCCAAUUCCUUGUCAGUGUCCUGUAAACACCAAGUCCCUUUCUAAACUUCCAGAGGCCUUCACUUCCCCAGCCACCCAUUUCAAACCAAUUAUUCUUGCACAGAACAAAGAGAAAACAAGUAUAAAAGUAUCAAGCAAAUGUCCAGGGGCCAAACAGUUUGUUAAAGCUAUGAAAGAGGAAAUCCAGAAGAAUCCAGGAGUGGUGCCCAUUGAAGACAUUGAACGUGAUAGAAUUGUGGAAACAUCUGUAUUUAACUUUGAGAAUGAGACUCUGGACAGACGAACGCACACAUCAGCAUCUUCGCUAAACCAAACCAAUAACAGCCCAAGUUUAUCUACUAACCUUUCUCCAAUGGUUGAAAGCAAAGCAAGUGCAUCACACACAAUUUCUUUGCAAUACCAGGAUGUAAAUUCCUUUUCCGAAGCUGUUUCUGCUAUGUCAGUAAAUGAUUCUCUUCUUAACUUACCCAUGCCAGAGCACGUAUCCUUUAUUCCGAGUUCUCAUGAAGAGAAGUUAAAUAGCUCCUUCCCAGAAUCUACAGUACUUUUCAACAGGGCCUCGAGUGGAAGCAAUGGAAGCGGUUUUAAAUGUACUGGAUCACUGGUGAAGAACACUUUUAGUUCUAAGCUCAACAGAAAUGAUGAUGAAAAGGCUACAAUCAAAACGCACACUAUUUUGGAGCCUCCUAAUGACAAUCUUUGCAAUUUUGUAGAUUUUAAGACCAAUCCCACAGAAAUAACUUUGCCUGAGAGAUGUUUGUUGGAACAGAACUCUUUGGCUGUUAGAAAUGAAAUAAAAACAUUCACAGCUGCUCCAAGCAUUUCUGCAGAGAUUUCAGAAAAUAUCCACUUACCUUCUGCAUGCAUCCCAGUGUCUCCUCAAGACAAUCUAGAGGCAAUAAAUUUGUCAAAUCCAGCACCAGUCAAUCUUUUACAAAAAACUAUUCAUCUCUUAAAAGAAGAAUUUGCAUUUGAUGGUUACUUAGAGCAUGAUGAAGAAGCCAGUACCAUGGGUGAGUACAUCUUAUCCUUGAAAAAUCUUAAAUUCAGUACAUUCAGUAAUGCUAUAUCGGAGAAGUUUUGUGACCUCUACUGGGAUGACAAUCUACUCAAACAGCUUUAUGAGGUUGUUAAUGGAAAUUCUUCAUUGUCUGCUCCAAUAUCAAAAGUUGCAACGAGGCCAGUGUUUAACAAUGUUAACCUUGCACUGCAAAAUAAUACAAAGGGAAAGAACAUGUUCAUUGUGCAGAAGAGACAAAGAAGUGGCAAAGAUGUCUGGGAUAAAGCAAUGCUCAGAUCUGAAAAGAAAGCAGUUGAUAUGGAAACCAGAGAAAUCUCCAAACAACCCCAUUUAUCACCAUCAGCUCCACCAGAAUGUACAAUAUUGAAAUUGAAUCAUCUUUCUGACAACCUGGUUGCAGUUAAAUAUAAGGAUGACCAUCUACAAACAAAUGCUGAAGUGACUCUUGGACAAAAUAUUACUAAUACAGUACUGGAUGAAAUUGAUUUUGAGAAGCUAAAGUCAGAUAAUUGCGAGGGGGAAGAAAAUGUGUCAAAACAUUUACAUCAGAUGGAAAAUAACUGGCAUAUUAUUGCAGAAAGUAGUACUUUGUAUGAAGAUAUAAAACUUAGCCAGAGCAACGAAGGCACAGAAGAAAAUUCCAGCCUAAUGACAGAACUAAGCACAGGAAAAAAGAGGUGCAACCCAGGGUGGAGAAGUGCAUUUUUUGGAAUUGAAUGCUUUAACCAGCAAAUGAAGACUUGUGUAAAGCAACAGGAUCCACUCAACUCUAAGGAGGAAGAGAACAUUGAAGCCAAAUUGACGAAUCUUGAGCAACACCUGAUGAUGGAAGCAAAGAAUUUCAGGAAAACCAGAAUAUUCUAUCAGAAACUCCUGCAACAGGAAAAAGGAAGCAAAGGAACUGAUGCAAAGGUGAUGUUGCCCAAAUUGAAGCAAGAACUUCAGGAAGUAAAGGUGAAGGUGGAACUGCUUAAUCAGGAGAAGAAGUAUCUUGAGAUUUUGCAGAUGGAGCUGUGGGGUUUGGAUCCCCCUCUGCUCCAUUCACUGGUCAGCUCUCCACUCCAGUGGGUGGCACUAGACCUCCAGUCCAGCAACAGCAUUUCCUUUCUCACCUUUCAAACGCCAGGAGGUGACCUGAGCUGCAGCGAGAACAAGACACAACUACUUCAAGCAGGCACGUCAGCGGGUUUGAUGGCUUACCUGUACAGCAGCAAUGCUUUAAUAGGAGGAUAUGUUCAGCAAUUCUUUUAUACCUUCCGUUACUUCACAUCACCCUGUGAAUUCCUACAGUUUCUGGAAGAUAGAUUCAACAGUGUCACUGAUAUCAGUCCAACAGAGAAAAUGUCACCUGAAUGCAUUAAAGUGUACAAUCGAAGUCUCGAUCUACUGCAGGCUUGGAUUGAAGAAUGUUACAGUGUGGAUUUUGCACAGGAUCCUGUUAUUCUACACAAGUUGGAAACUUUUAUUUCCAGAAAGGUGAUUCCAUGUGAUAGCCGGGGCCAAUACUUAAUUAAUUUACUUCAAAACCUCUCCAAUGGUAAAAUGGCCCAUAAGCUGUCUUAUUCCAGCUUCAGUUUUGAGGAUAUAACGAAUGAAGAAGACAAUGAUUCUGUUUACUCAGUUUCCAUAAAAUGUUCAGAUGAAGAUAUUUGCAGAAAGAGUUUUAAGCGGAAGAUUAUUAAAGGCAUUCAGACAUCAAACAGCCAUCAGAAGGAAAGGUGCAGCAGCAUUGCAGCUGCAUUACCGAGACCCAAUUAUGAUAACAUCACAACAGAACAGCUGGGUGUUUACCAGAAAACUGGUCAGAAAGACCUUUUCACAUUGGCUGAUUACAGUGCACAGCAUAUAGCCCAGCAACUAACCUUGCUACAACAGGAACUGUUCCAAGGUUGUCAUCCAGUCCAUUUUCUGAAUUCAAGAUCUCUUGGCGUAAACGACAAAUACUCGACAAUUCUAAAGUCAGUUACUUCAGAAUCAACAUCCUUAGAAGGCAGUAAUUUAUUUGUUCCAGAAAAUAAACAACAUCAGUACCUGCUACAGCUGAUUAGAUAUGCAGACACUCUCAGCCACUGGAUCUGUGCUGAAAUUGUCACAUGUAACACAUGUAAGUCACAAAGUGCACUGCUGUCAAAAUUCCUGUCCAUUGGACAGCUUUGCUAUGAAUGGAGAAAUUUUGCUACAGCCAUGCAAAUUCUCAGUAGCCUGGAAAAUCUGAUAGUGCGUCAAUUACCUUCAUGGAAAAGCUUGUCCUCAAAGGCCCUGGAAAUCAAGGAAGAACUAACUGGUGUUCAGGUUUUCCUGAAGAGUGAUAGCCUUUGUUUAAUGGAGGGAGAUAACUUCCUGCUGCAACCAACAUUACCAUGUGCUCGUAUAUUGGCCAUGCAUGUCCAGCAGCUUGAAAUAGGUGCCUUUACCAUGGCCAACGGCACUUACAAAUGGCCAAAGUUAAGGAAAAUAGCGAAGGUGGUUAGUCAGAUUCAAGCCUUUCAAGAAAAAUCCUACACAUUCACUCCUGACCUGGAGCUCCAAACUCAUCUGAGACAGCAAAUAUCUCAUUUCAGUGAAGCAGACAUUCAUGUUCUUGCUGCGGAAAAUAAGAAUAAUUUCUACAAAUCAUCAACUGAAAGGCACUCACGAAAGAUUCAAGACACACUACGCAAAAUGAAAGCAACAUUUCAGUGAUGUUAGACCAUCAAGGUACUUACUUGAUUCGGGAGAUGACUGAUUGGUGUCCUUCUGAAUAUUACAUUUACUUGUGUUAUUAGUAAAAUAGACUAAUUUAUUCUUUAAAAAAAAACAGUUGCUCCUUUUGAGAGUUCUUUUAUAUUUGACAAAAGUAAUUGAUUUGUAUGAACAAUUUAAAAUGUCAGAGAGCUACAAUAUUUUUGAAGUUACUCUUUAGAAUUAGUGGGAAACAAUUGACACCAAACAAGUUAAAUCCAACAAAUACUUUCCUGAUGUCAAUUCCCUGGGACUCAAUUUUUCAUUUAAUACACUUACCUUACAUAAUCCAGGUAACUUCACUGAUUUUAGAAUUAAUGUAGGAAUCUAACAUUAAUUUUUCUGUCACCAACUGAAGCUAUUUAGUUAUACUCAAAUGAGUUCAAAAUGCAUGUUUUCCCUGUGACUGCAUGGGUUUAGUUUACCACAACCAAUCUGGCUUCUGCAAAUUGCCCAGAUUUGGGGGAUCAAAAGAAAAUCAUGGGGCAUUUGAUGGAUGUGUGAGAGAGAAAAGACUGCAGGGAAAUAAUAUGGAUGAGAAAGUUGGCAUAGAUUCGAUGUGCCAAAUGCCCUCCUAUGUUAUAAGAAAAUAUGUAAAAACAAGGUUGUAAUUUGUUUACUACAUACUUUGUGAAUUAGGUGAUGUAUAUUUUGGAUGUUUUGAAUUUGAGCCUAAAAUUUCACAAUUUAUUUACUACAAAAUCAUGAAACGUUGCAAUCAACAUAAUUUGACGGUAUAAUACUUGAAAAUAUUUCAUAAAACAUUCUGUGCUGUCUUUGCCGAAUAGUAAAGAAACCUGUAUGCUUCUCGACACUCUUUAGAGCUCCCUGCUGAGAGAUUGGAAAGCAAAACAGUCAUAAAGUCUCCACACAUGGUACGAAACUGCACUUCUAAAUAAAAUCACUGAACAGUCAAAGCAUCCAAUUGUCAUGGCACCAUUUUUGGAAAGGCGCAUGAACAUGGAGUGUGAUAUUGGACAAUUUAAAGUGGAUUAACACAAAGCAAAAAGAAAGAAAAUAGACAAAGAUGGAGGUUGGGUCAGGCAGAAUACUGAAGUCUUUUUGUGUGUCCCUGAUUUGCCUUUCCAUUAAUGGGCAUGUAGCCCAUUUUCAUAAAGCUUGCCUGUACACCUUCACCACUAGCUACAACUUUGAGAUUCCUGGAUUUGGAUGAGAUACCUGAAAGAGAAAAGGUACUAUAAGCACAAGAAAUAAGUGAGGGGUCUGGGAAGAUAAAUACAAAUUUGGUUUGAGAGUGAAUGUCCCAUGCAUUCCACUUGUUGGAUAAACUUGGGCCUGUAUAUGGCAACAUAUCGCAGGCAACAAGAGCUCAAACUGAGUGGGUGUUUCAUGAAGUACUGGAUGCCAGAAGGGUGAGUAGGAGGUAUGACUGGCUCUCUGCUACCCUCUCUCCUACUCCUCAUUAUUGAUGUGGACUGUGGAAGCCCUGAGUGAGGAGCGUGAACUUCCAACAUUGGGUGUGAGAAAUUGACUACCAUCUGAGGCCAGGGACAGAUGUACCCUGUGCUUGGUGUUGUGCCCAUUUUGAUUUUGUGAGAGCUGACAUUAAUCGUUUGCCAGCAUCCUUGGCAUAUUCUUGUCAGUAGACCAACCGCAACAACCCUCAUCCUGCAUCCUCUCAGCUCCCUUUGUAAACCAAGGGCCUGAGGAAUAAAAGUGUCAGAGAAAAGAACACAAAAUCAUUCUGACCGGUUCUCCCUCAAGCAAUAUUUGUACUCUGUCUUCAACCUUCAAUUGCCAAGUUAAUCAUCAACUCCCUCUGUACUUAAUGCAAAAUAUUUAUUGACACCAGUCAACAGUAUUUUAAAAUGUAUGUUGUAGAGUAGACUAAAGCAAAUUUUACUCAGAGAGAUUAUGUAGUGUAGAGGGCACAUAAACUACAGCAGCUUCUUCCAAUAAAAACAGAUUGAUUUCUACAGGAAAAGAAGUGCAAUUUACUGGACAAUGCACAAGAGACUGAAAUAUCUGGGGCAGAUGCUGGAAUUUGGAGCAACAAAUAAUCUGUUAGAGGGACUUGGCAGGUCAAGCAGCAUCUAUAGCGGGAAAGGAAUUGUCUGUGUUGUGGGUCAAAUCCCUGCAGGAUAGUUGCAUUUAAUUUAUAUGUAUAAAAUCAAUGCCUGUAACAAAAAACACUGACAUCAUCUUAAUAAAAUUGUCUGUCCUGAUGAAGGGUCUCAACCAAAAACAUUGCCUAUUUACUCUUUUCCAUGGAUGCUGCCUGACCUUCUGAGUUCUUUCAGCAUUUUGUGUGUGUUGCUUGGAUUUUCAGCAUCCACAGAUCUUCUCAUCUUUGUGCCUCCCCGCUAUGCCCAGUUACAGGGCAGUCAUUAAGUGCAGCACAAUAGAUAAUGAAACACUGCUGUGUUACAGUAUUUGUCUGUAAAAUAUCAUCAAAAGUCUAACUCAGCAUAAAGAUUAGUGAAGCCAUGGAGGACUGUGUAGGCUGAAGAUCUUUUCCCUGUUGAAGAGUUAAUGGAUCCAGAAGAAUAAAUGAAAAGAUAACUGGUGACAUAAUGUGGCAGUAACACAAACAGUACUGUUAGUAUAUUUGAAUUGAUUUUAUUGCACUUUACAAGCAAGGUAAUUCUUUAGAUAUUCAUUGGCUUAUUUCAAUUGUUAAUGCUGUUUUUUGUAAAAAAAAAGGUAGCAUUAAUGGUAUUGCAGAGAGCAGUAAUAUGUAUAUCAGUGUUUAGAAAUUACUUUUAUUUCAACAUAAAAUGGUACAUAUUUUAACAAAUUUGUAGCUUUCAGCUGUUGGAACUACCUGAAAGAAUUACUUGAAUAUAUGAAGGCAAUUUUAUCUCUCUUAAUCAGCAUGAUUGGAAUAGAGAAGUGAAAAUGCCAGACUCUGAAAUCUAGCUCAAAUAUACAAAUGUAAAUUAAGGUUAAGUGGCAUACAUGCAAAGUCAACAGAAUUUUAAUGAUUUCCUGAGUAGGCUAUCAGUCACAGCUGACCAGCCAGGUGAACCAAACAAGAAAUAAGUCUGAUAAUAUAGGCAACUUAUGGAAGUCCAUUUCCAGGUUCCACUAGGAAGCCCAGGACUUGUUCUCUUGGAUGCUCUUUUCUACAUCUCUCCCAUUGCACACCCCAGAACUGCCAUGGUAAUUUCUGAGCAGUGAUGCCCACUGGCUUGCACCCUUCUAAAACUGUGGGUAACCCUUGCACCCCUUCAUUUAUUGGCUGGUUAUUAAGGAGCCACUUGCAGAUGGGAUUCAGUAGAAACCCAACAGCUAAACUUGGCUACCCUCCAAUAUAUUCAUUCAGUAUAGUCAUCUGUUUCCCACCCUCAGAUCAGAUCCGUCCAUUUAUUCUACAAGUAUAUGCAUGAGCUAAUAAGCAGAAUAGGUAUCACAAGGCUUUACUGCUCUGACAGUGCAGUCUCUGCAGUUAUCAGUCACACAUUGUGUUUGAACGAUGUAUAUCACUGAAAUGCAUGCAUUAUAAAUUAACAUUGUUCUGAAAUAAAGGUUAAUCGCCUGUAUUUGGCAUUGUUUUAAA